CUCUUUCUUUCUGGUCAGCCAAACAACCGCAUUCAAUGGAGUUUCAGUGUCUCCCUCCCAUUAUCCAUCACGGGCUGCUAAAAAACAACAUGUGUUUAAAACCCAAUUUAUUAUAAGAGAAACUGACUCUUACUACUGAAACUACAUUCAACAGAAGCUUUGUGUAAUUCUCCAAUGGCUUCUGUAAUCAACAGUGCACCGAAGGUCACUGUUUUCCUAUGCUUUCUUUCUUGCUUCUCUCAUUUUUUGUCGAGCCCUAAGUGGGUUUUGGCCCAGUCUUCCCCUGUUUUUGCCUGUGAUGUUGAGAACAAUCCCACGUUGGGGCAGUUUGGGUUCUGCAACACUUCAUUGGAGCCGGCCGCAAGGGUCGCAGAUUUGGUGAAGAGGCUGACAUUGGAGGAGAAGAUUGGGUUCUUGGUGAACAGUGCUGCCAGUGUGAGCAGGCUUGGGAUUCCCAAGUAUGAGUGGUGGUCUGAGGCUUUACAUGGAGUUUCUUAUGUGGGUCCAGGGACACAUUUCAACAGUGUCGUCCCUGGAGCCACCAGCUUUCCUCAGGUUAUCCUCACUGCGGCCUCUUUCAAUGCCUCUCUCUUUGAAGCCAUUGGAAAGGUGGUUUCCACUGAAGCCAGAGCAAUGUACAAUGUUGGAUUAGCAGGGUUGACAUUUUGGUCCCCAAACGUCAACAUAUUCCGAGACCCCAGAUGGGGAAGAGGCCAGGAGACUCCAGGAGAGGACCCACUGCUUUCAAGCAAGUAUGCAUCAGGUUAUGUCAGAGGCCUGCAACAAAGCGAUGAUGGUAGCCCUGACCGGCUUAAGGUUGCUGCUUGCUGCAAACACUAUACUGCCUAUGAUUUGGAUAAUUGGAAAGGAGUUGAUCGCUUCCACUUCAAUGCAGUGGUGACAAAGCAAGAUAUGGAUGAUACAUUUCAACCCCCAUUCAAAAGCUGUGUUAUUGAUGGGAAUGUUGCCAGUGUUAUGUGUUCUUACAACCAAGUUAAUGGGAAGCCAGCUUGUGCUGAUCCUGAUCUCCUCUCAGGGAUUGUCCGAGGCGAAUGGAAACUAAACGGAUACAUAGUUUCGGAUUGUGAUUCAGUAGAUGUGUUCUACAAUUCUCAACACUACACCAAGACACCUGAGGAGGCUGCAGCCAAGGCUAUAUUGGCAGGGUUGGACCUCAACUGUGGAUCUUUCCUUGGCCAACACACUGAAGCUGCAGUGAAAGGUGGACUUGUGGAUGAGUCUGCAGUUGAUAAAGCUGUCUCCAACAAUUUUGCUACACUGAUGCGACUUGGCUUCUUUGAUGGCAACCCGAGUAAGGCAAUUUAUGGGAAGCUUGGUCCAAAAGAUGUGUGCACAUCAGAGCACCAAGAGCUGGCUCGGGAAGCCGCCAGGCAAGGGAUCGUGUUACUUAAGAAUAGCAAAGGAUCCCUACCUCUGUCUCCCACUGCCAUCAAAACCUUGGCAGUAAUAGGACCCAAUGCCAAUGUCACCAAAACAAUGAUCGGAAACUAUGAAGGCACCCCAUGUAAAUAUACAACCCCUUUGCAGGGCCUAACGGCCUUGGUUGCAACUACGUAUUUGCCGGGAUGCUCCAAUGUGGCAUGUGGCACUGCACAGAUAGACGAAGCUAAGAAAAUAGCAGCAGCAGCAGAUGCCACGGUUCUUAUAGUCGGUAUUGAUCAAUCUAUAGAGGCGGAGGGCCGUGACAGGGUCAACAUUCAGCUUCCAGGACAGCAGCCACUUUUGAUAACAGAAGUUGCCAAGGCAUCCAAAGGAAACGUGAUUCUUGUUGUAAUGUCUGGAGGGGGAUUCGAUAUAUCAUUUGCUAAAAAUGAUGACAAAAUUACAAGCAUCCUGUGGGUCGGUUACCCUGGUGAAGCUGGUGGAGCUGCCAUAGCAGAUGUGAUCUUUGGUUUUUACAAUCCAAGUGGAAGGCUACCCAUGACAUGGUAUCCUCAGUCGUAUGUAGACAAGGUUCCGAUGACAAAUAUGAAUAUGAGACCAGAUCCUGCCAGUGGCUAUCCUGGUCGGACUUACCGGUUUUACACUGGGGAAACCAUUUACACAUUUGGAGAUGGACUAAGCUACACCCAGUUCAACCACCACCUUGUUCAAGCACCUAAAUCAGUCUCAAUCCCCAUAGAGGAGGGUCACAGUUGUCACUCAUCAAAAUGCAAGUCUGUGGACGCUGUGCAGGAAAGUUGCCAGAAUUUAGCCUUUGAUAUCCAUCUAAGAGUCAAUAAUGCGGGAAACAUAAGCGGAAGUCAUACGGUUUUCUUAUUUUCUUCUCCCCCAUCAGUACACAACUCACCCCAGAAGCACUUACUGGGCUUUGAGAAAGUCUUUGUGACUGCAAAAGCUAAAGCCCUGGUGAGGUUCAAGGUGGAUGUUUGCAAGGAUUUGAGCAUUGUUGAUGAGCUUGGAACCCGAAAAGUUGCCUUAGGACUGCAUGUGCUUCAUGUGGGAAACUUGAAACACUCCUUGAAUGUGAGGAUUUGAAUACUCUUCCAGCAGAAAAAUGCUGGUCUUCAAAUGAAAAGGGUAAAGAUCAAGAUGGAAAUCGAACUACAAUAAGUUGAGAGAGUUAAAGCAAAUUCUCAAACAUAUGUCAUUUGGCCCCAAUUUGUUCAAAUCAAAAUUUUGAAAUCCAAAUGAAGUUUCCAUUUUGAAAUUUCUUCCUGUUUUCCUGUGUGUUGUAGAGGUGGAAAAAAUGCAUGGUUUCUCAGUGUAGACAAGCAAAUUAUCAAUACCCAAGUUUAAUUGAGUUUAAUUUGAACUUAAUUGUGAA